UCAAGCGCUGCUGAGAAAUAGAAAGUGAAAGAACAAAUAUCAUUUCUGGACAGAGCUCGGAAAUAGGUUACUUUCACCAUCAUGUCAUCAGACGAGGAUUUCUCUCUGGUGACAGACCCAGAGCCCUCAGAGGACAGCUUGGAGGGAGUUAAAGCUUCAAUUAAGGAGUACAAGAAAAAGUUCGAUGACCUGCAGCAGGAGCAGACGGAGCUGGCUGAUGCCACAAAAGACAGUCGAGACCUGGUCGACCAAUGCAAUAAGAGAAUUGAAAAACUGACCCAGGAUCUGAAGGAGGACGAGAGCUCCUACAGAGAUCAGCUUGCGGAUGCAAAGGAGAAGUUGGAUGCUCUGAAGCAAGAGGAGAGCGACAUCAGGAUGGAGAUCCAGAAAACCCAGGCUGCAAUUGAAGAGGAGGAAGCCCAGAACGCCAACCUGAAAGAGCAGAGUGACGUGUUUUCUGCCAUGCCAGAGCGGAGCUUCAUCUUUAAAGGGUCGACUGGAGACUCAGAGAAAUGGAGGACAUUUGAGAUGAAGCCGCACAUAAUUUACCCGAUGGAGGGAGGAACGGCGCUGAUCACGUUUGAAGAGGAGGACGUUGCAAGAAAUAUUCUGACCAUGAAGAAGCAUACAGUGGAUCUGGGAGGAGAGUGCAGCGUCACUGUGGAGGCCAGGCCAGUUUUCCUGAUGCUGCCCAGGGUGGUGGAGAUUGACUCCAAGGUGUGUCCUCGCCGCAUUUUAAUCUCCAACCUGCCCAAGAUGGACAUUGAAAGCCUGAUGAACAAGCUGGAGAUCUACUUCUCCAAGAAGAAACACGGAGGCGGGGAGGUGGAACACUGUGAAUUCAUGCCUGACUCAGGGACUGUGGUCAUCACGUUUGUGGACAGCAACAUCGCCAAAGGUUUGACAGAGAAGGAGUUUCAUGAAGUGAAGCUACAAACAAACUGCCACACAGUGAGAGUGACUCCCUUUCUGAAUGGAGAGAUCACCACCUUAGAGACGAAGUUCACGAUGUGUCCUCGCACGGUGCUGCUGACAGGAAUACCCAACAUCAUGGAGCAGGAAACUUUCCAAGAUGAGCUAGAAAUCCACUUCCAGAAAAAUGGCAACGGUGGAGGAGAGAUCGAAGCCUUCCUCUACAACCCGCUGGGUCAAAACAACGAGGCCAUAUUCAGCAGCAGCUCCUCGGACACACAGGAGUAGAAGCAGCUGCUCAAUAAAAACUGCUCAAGGUGACAUCAGCAUUCGUGCUACAAAGCUAUUCUGCUAUCGCAGUUUUUUUUAAAGGACGUCAGUAAAACUCAGCACAAAGUUAUUUAACUUCAUGCUUUAGGCAUCAAUAGAAAGGGUGGAGGAUUUUCUUUCUGGAACAAAAAUUUAAAAAUUUUGAUUUAACCUGAAUGAUGUCUGUUCAACCUCAGUGAUGCUUUUGCCUCAAUCGGUUUGUGUAUUAAACAUGUAAAUCUUUGGUGAAACUGUUUUAUUCUGCUGUAAAAAUUAAACAGUCAUGUGACAUGA